UUCCCUCGCUCGAGGAAGUGAGCUCCACCUUCCUUUCCCUUGUCUUUCUAAAGUCUCUGUUCUCUGUUGACUCCCAAGAAAACUAAAAAUCAAAAAAACAAAAGAUACACGCAAGGGAGGAAACAAACAAGGAAAGAAACUGAAGGGAAAGUGAGAGAAUUUUAGCCAAACAGAAAAAAAAUAAAAAAACAGAGAGACAGAGAGAGCGAGAGAGCGAGAGAGCGAGAGAGAGAGAUGAAGCACAUUUUCAAGAAGUUACACAUAGGCAGCAACCACGAGCCACAGCCAAAUCGAACAAGUAAUGAAACAGCCACCAGUGCAUCAUCACCACCACCAUCAGGUUCCUCCGAUCAACGGGCCUCCGCCACCAUAAAUUCACCUGCGAGUCCUCCAUUAGCAUCGCCUUCUCCGGCGACGACAGUGCAACCGUCUGCGAUUAGUAAUCUGACAGAUUACUUUACGUCGGAGGAGGAGUUUCAGGUGCAAUUAGCGUUGGCAAUUAGCGCGUCGAAUUCGGAGUUUAGAGACGAUACGGAGAAGGAUCAGAUCCGUGCCGCGACGUUGUUGAGUUUAGGAGGAGGGAAUAAUCGGGUUGAUGUGGAUAGAGAGAAAGGAGAGGAAAAAGUGGAGGAUAUGUCGAGAUAUUAUUGGGAGUAUAAUGUGCUUGAUUAUGGGGAGAAAGUGAUGGAUGGUUUCUAUGACGUGCUAUGCACAAGUUCAGCAGUCCAAGGAAAAAUGCCAUCUCUAACAGAUCUAGAAACAAAUGCUAGCAGUUCUGGUUUUGAAGCGGUAAUAGUCAAUCGAAAAAUUGAUCCCACCUUAGAAGAGCUGAUGCAAAUUGCACAAUGUAUUGCAUUAGAUUGCCCUGCUACCAAUGUUGCUGUUUUGGUACAGCAGCUGGCUGAACUUGUUACAGGACACAUGGGUGGGCCGGUUAAGGAUGCCAACUUGAUUUUGGCAAAGUGGAUGGAGAGAAGCACAGAGUUAAGAACUUCUCUUCAAACUAGUGUAUUGCCUAUUGGGUCCAUAAAUAUUGGUCUGUCUCGACAUCGUGCUUUGCUUUUCAAGGUGUUGGCUGAUACCAUAAAGUUACCUUGUCGACUGGUGAAAGGUAGUCAUUACACUGGCAUAGAGGAUGAUGCUGUCAACAUAAUAAAGUUGAAGGAUGAAAGAGAGUUUUUGGUCGAUCUGAUGGCAGCUCCAGGAACGCUGAUACCAGCUGAUGUCCCUAGUGCAAAAGACAGUACCUUUAAGAUCCCUGCUCUUCGCCCCACUAAUGACACUGGAGUUGUUUUCACUAGACCAAAUCCAUUACCUGGUGAGGGCACUAGUCAGAGCUCUUCAGUGGAUGGUAUUUCACCUUUCAAUAGUAGAUUAAAUUCUGAAAAUGCAGAAUCCCUACCUUUUUUCUCUGGCUCAAGUAGCGACGCUGGUGUUGGUUCUUCUGGAGUAGCUAAUAAAGCUGCUCCAACUAAUCAGUUUGGUAAUAUAUCUUCCACAGCCAUUGGGACUUCUGUAUACAAGGGGAGUCGUGGGGGCCAUGCAGUCGGUGAUGGUGUGCGGAUGAAUGUUAAUGUAGUUCCAUAUGGUCCUAAUAGCCCAGAGGAUUCUAAAAACCUUUUUUCAGAUCUUAAUCCAUUCCAGAUCAAGGGAACUGGGAAAAGUUUCAUGCACCACAAACCUGCAGAAAAUAAAAUCAAUGAGUUUCCAGGACGGAAAAAUAACCCUGUUCCUGGUCCGGCUGCACCAUUGGUGUGGAAGAAUCGAUAUGCAUACAAUGAGGUGCCUAGAAGAAAAGAGAAUGACCUUGUGGAGUGCCUCUAUCCAAGAAUUAAUCGGGAACCAAAUAAUUAUAAUCAGUCCUUAGCCUCCACCAGUUCUUCUGAAAAAGUUUAUCCACAGGGUUUCAAGUCAUCUAGUAAUUUUAAUCCAUCCAAUAAAGAAGGUGACACCAGGAAUUAUGCAAGCAGUGUCAGUUCAGCAUUGUCAUCAGAUCCUAGUCAAUGCUACAGUUUUCCUUCUGUUGAGGAAGCAAACUCGUAUUUUAAAGAAAAUAAACUCCAGGAUGCAAAGAAUUUGCAAAAUGACUCAGAAGCCAUGGCUAAAGAACAUGAAGACAAUGAAAUUGCUUUCCAUGACCGUAGAAAGUGCACAUAUGACAGAUUUAUGGGGACCAAUCUAAAGUUGAAGGAUCCAGAGAGUCCAAGUGCAUCAGUUGAUCCGAUCUCUCACAGGGUUGAUCAAGUAAUGGAUGAUGUGGAUGUAGGUGAUGAAAUUUGCUGGGAAGAUUUGGUAAUUGGUGAAAGGAUUGGACUAGGUUCAUAUGGAGAGGUCUAUCAUGCCGAUUGGAAUGGCACGGAGGGUGCUGUGAAGAAGUUCUUAGACCAAGAUUUCUCAGGUGCUGCCUUGGAUGAAUUCAAAAGAGAAGUGCGAAUAAUGCGUAGAUUGCGUCAUCCAAAUGUUGUUCUUUUUAUGGGUGCUGUUACCCGUCCUCCAAACCUUUCUAUCAUCACAGAGUUUCUUCCAAGAGGAAGCUUAUACCGGAUUCUUCAUCGCCCUCAAUGUCAAAUUGAUGAGAAGCGUAGAAUAAGGAUGGCUCUCGAUGUGGCAAGGGGCAUGAAUUGCUUGCAUGCCAGCAUGCCAACAAUAGUUCACCGGGAUUUGAAAUCACCGAAUCUUUUGGUUGAUAAAAACUGGACCGUCAAGGUUUGUGAUUUUGGGCUCUCACGCUUGAAGCAUAACACCUUUUUGUCAUCCAAAUCAACUGCAGGAACGCCUGAGUGGAUGGCACCUGAAGUUCUCCGUAAUGAACCCUCUAAUGAGAAGUGUGAUGUAUAUAGCUUUGGAAUCAUUCUUUGGGAGCUCGCAACGAUAAGAUUGCCCUGGAGUGGGAUGAACCCAAUGCAAGUUGUAGGUGCAGUUGGUUUCCAGAACCGCAGCCUUGAAAUCCCCAAGGAAGUUGAUCCCUUAGUUGCAAGGAUAAUUUGGGAAUGUUGGCAGACCGAUCCAAACUUGCGUCCUUCAUUUGCACAGCUCACAGUUGCUCUCAAGCCUUUGCAGCGGCUGGUCAUCCCUUCACAUCUGGACCAGCCUUGCCCACCUCUGCAACAAGAGAUUGCAGUAAAUUCUACACCCUGAGAUGUCUCAAUUUUGAAAUUGUGAAUACGUAGACAUUCUGUUAUUGGUCUUUGGUGAGGUCCUAUUGCGUGACAUUCCAAAAACGGGAUAACAAGGAGAGAAGAAUGGGGUGAUAUAGUGAAGACAGCGUUUUGUGUAAGUAAUGUAUGCGCGUAAGCUCCUGCUGCCAAAUAAUUAUAGCAGCACUUCUUUGUACAGAUGGGUUUCCAUGAACGCGCAUUAAGGAAUUGAAACCAUGUACGUGUUGAACGACACACUUCAAUCUAUCGAGGGUUCUCCAUUUAUUG